AUGUUGCAGCUACCGGCAGAGCUGAACCUCAUGAUCGUUCGACAGCUGUCUCGCGAAGACCUGUUCAGUCUCUUCUUCGUCUGCAAAGAGCUCAAGGCUUUCAUUCACCCCCUCUUCUAUGAGCACCUGCUGUAUACCAGUAUGGGAUUCGCGUUUCCCCACGCGCCCAACGCAUACCCCUUCCUCGACAUACCCAAUCUCCGCGUUCGGGACCCCGUCUCUGCUGAGGAGCGUGAGGACAUCAUGAAACGAGUGCGCUCAAUCACAAUUGCCCGGCACAAUCAUGAAGAUUGUGCAGGUUGGCCGAAGUUUCAAGAGCACGGCAGCUUGGAAGCCAAGGCGGAGCUCCUCUCAAUCGAGCUGGCCGGUCCAUCCCCUGAUGGCAUCGCCGAGUGUCACGAACGCGUUUGGCCUCCCGACUGCGACAUUUGCGAAGAUGACCCGGACCAUCGGUACUCUCACGAGAAUAUCGGCCAUCCGUUCCCCACCUGUGCCUUUGUGGAGAGCCUCGGCAAGUCGACUGCGGAGACGAUCGUCAUCAAGAACUAUCCUAUCCUUUCAGAUGGAGUCAGGCCAGACUUCCUUUGUGAGGUAAUCAACUCUGCCUCGCACUUCGUGAUCUUACUUGAACCCCAUUUCUUCAAAGUUUCUCAAUUCAGCGAUACCUAUGAUUAUCUCUACUUCGACGAAUACCCAGAAGACGACUGUCCAUACGGCUUCCGCGCUGUGAAAACGCUUCUGAGUAUAAUCCCCCCCGACGCCAAGGACGUAACGCUCAUUUUCAAGACACGUUCGCCUGAAAUUGAGUGGGCACCAGACUGCAUACACUACGGCUCUCGCGGGGACUGGCAUGACGACGGCUGCUCGCAGUGUGCCUGCUCUUGUGACUCUGACGGGUGGGACAGGUGCAGCGAAACCAAAUCCGCGAAACAGCGUUCAUGUUGGCAGUCCUCAGUCUUGAGCAAGCUUGCAAGCGGCAUUGCUGCCUCGAAGGCCCGCUUCACGCUUGUGAACUAUUCGUCCAUCAUUCCCGAUGGAGCGGAGCGGGACAAGGCUCUGCGUGCACUGAAGAGUGGCAAGCGUAUCACAGUGCGCAAAAAGCUCGCGCGUGAGCUGCGCAAGGCGUGCAAGUCACAGGAAGACUUCGAGGCGCGUCUCGCUGACGUCCGAUUUGUCUCGAUGGAGAGCUGGAUCUGCUCCGGUGCUUGGGAGGACAUCUUCGAGCGCAAGGAACUGGAUGCUUGGUUCGAACACAUCGCAGAGAAGAAGGAGGCUAUGGAAGCGGCCGCGACGAAGGAAUCUAAGCUGGCCUCUGCUGCUGAAGGGAAGGAGGAUGCUAUCGUCGAAACGGUCAUGAAGGAGCAGCCGAAGCUCGUUUCUGCAGCUGAGGAGAAGGAGGAAGCUGCCGUCGAGUCUGCUGCUCCGCCCAAGAGCACCGAGUCUGCGGCAGUUUGA